UUUUGUAUUAGUAACUGCAAUGCUUUAAUUUGGAGUUAAAGUUGUUUAUAUUUAUUGUACUUUAUAAUCGGUAAACAGCAGUUAGAUGAUGUCACUUCCGCUAAAUUACUUCCUGUUGGUUGACUUCCGGUAUUUGUUCGAAAGCUAGAGAUACAUUUUGUGGUCUUCCGUAGUACUUUCUGUUGCCAUGCUACACAAAGCGGCGAAGAAGCAAUGCCUUUUUCACCAUCUUGUCUAUGAAGGAAUUGUCAAAAGUAAAUGGUCAAGCUUACAAUGACGUUCUCUUCAUUGACUCCGGUUUGGCUUGGUGUUGAGUUGGCGUUUUUACACGUCUCACGAGAACACUAAAGUGAAAAAGGCACGUUCCGGCUGCCCUAAGGUAUCAACAUGGCAACUAGUCACAGUGGAAGCAGCAAAACGUCAGUAUCCACAGCAAGCGCAGCUCUUGUUAGAGCCAAAGCAGAAGCCGCGAAAGUACGAGCGUCGUACGCAAGCCAAGAAGCUAAGCUUAAACUGGAAGAAGCUAAGCUAAAACUGGAAAAGGCUCAUAAUCAAUUAGAAACAACGAGAAUAACCACAGAAUUAGAAGUGCUGACAUUACAACGAGAAGCAGACGCAGCUGAGGCGGAAGCUCAAGUAUUGGAAGAAGCUUCGGGAGCACAAUCCACUGGCGAUGACAGGAAAACUGAAUCAGAAAAGGCAAAAAUUGAACGCACCAGUGAAUAUGUUCAAUCACAGAUCGACCUUCAACAGCAGUUGUCAUCUCCAGCUGCCUUGUGUCCAGCAAUAGAUAAGCAACCGUAUCCAUUAACACAAGCUAUCAUCAACACCUGGCAUCUGGAUGAAAAUACUCCAUAUAUGCAACCCAGUCCUAAUAGAACAAUCUUUAAGAGCGAUAAAGAAUCUCACUUAUCCACACCAAACUUAAAUAAACCAGUUAAAGCCACGACAAACUUCGAACAAAAAAGACAAUCUGGCUCAAACAUACAUGCUCCGCCCUAUGUUCCCCGACAGGUUCCACAAGCCAGCAUACCGUCUUAAGUGGAACCAUUGGCCCACUAUUUGGCAACAUGAGAUCUCAUCACCUCAGGACUGUACUACUUAGCUGAUAAACCAGAAGAUUAUCGCGCAUGGGAGUCGUCAUUCACUACAGCGGUCAGCGGUGCUCACCUCACAACAACCCAAGAACUAGACCUCAUGACAAAGUGGCUUGGUAAGGAGUCUGGAGAACAUGUGAAACGCAUCCGCUCAAUGUAUGUAAACCAUCCAGAACUGGCUCUACACAAAGCAUGGGAGAGACUGUGUGACUGUUAUGCUGCCCCUGAAAUCAUUUAAAAAUCACUAUUUGAUCGGCUGGACAAUUUCCCCAAAAUUUCUAAUAAAGACAACGCUAGGCUACGCGAACUGGGAGAUUUGCUCAUGGAAAUUCAAGGUUUCAAGGAGGACGGGUAUGUCACCGGCUUGUCCUAUCUGGAUACGUCACGUGGAAUUGGGCCGAUUGUGGACAAGCUUCCUUAUAGCCUUCAGGAAAAAUGGACAUCUUCUGGGUUUUUGUACAAAGAACAUAAUAACGGUUGCUUCCCUCCCUUCCACUACUUCUGUGUUUUUGUGUGCUCCGAGGCAAAGAAACGAAAUAACCCCAGUUUCACCUACCAGUACAAUACAGCUGCUAACCUUGACAAACACAUUGCAAAAGGUUUUAACUCCAACAUACCCGUCACAGUGCACAAAACAGACAUUUUAACAACCAAUAGUGACCCCAAUGAAUGUUGUCCUCUACACAACAAACCACACCCCCUUAAGAGAUGCAGGACAUUCCGAAACAAAUCCCUGGAUGAUAGAAAGGCCUUUUUGAAGGAAAAAGGGAUAUGUUUUAAAUGUUGUUCCUCAGUUUCACAUCUCGCCAAACAAUGCCAGUCCUCUGUGAAGUGUUAUGAAUGUGGAAGCACUCAUCAUGAAGCAGCAAUGCAUCCUGGCCAAGGCUCCUCCAUCUCUUAAAGAGGAUGGCGGGGAGGGAGAAGAACAGUAUAACAUGCCUGAUGUUAGCACGAGCUGUACAGAUGUUUGCGGUCAAGGUCAGUGCUCAUGCUCAAAAAUAUGCCUUACUAAAAUGUACCAUAAAGAUUUCAAGGACAAGGCCAUCAAAGCAUACGUAAUUUUGGAUGACCAAAGUAAUUGAUCAUUGGCAAGACCAGAAUUGUUUAAAAUGUUCAAUGUGGACAGCAAACCAAUCACUUAUCAUCUCAGAACUUGUUCUGGCCUUGUAGAGGCACACGGCAGGGAGGCUGAGGGUUUCCAGAUUGAGUCCCUGGAUGGUAAAGUUCUCAUCUCACUUCCAACACUCCUCGAGAUUCCAAAUAAUCGGAAUGAGAUCCCAACACCAACUGCAGUUUUGCAUCAACCCCAUCUCCAUCACAUUGCCAAACACAUCCCCGAAUUGGACCACAGAGCACAAAUACUCCUUCUCCUUGGAAGAGAUGUAAUCAGGGCACACAAGGUCAGACAGCAAGUAAAUGGGCCACACAACGCUCCUUUUGCACAACGUCUGGAUUUAGGCUGGGUGGUGAUGGGAGAAGUGUGUUUAGGCAAUACACACAAACCAACAAUUCAUUCAAUGAAAACAAACGUAUGGGAAAAUGGACGUCAUUCCAUCUUUCUACCCUGCACCAUACGUACCAGAGGAGGACAAGCAGAGAGCAAGCCGUGGGCCAUGAUGUUCACUUGUCUUAGUUCGAGAGCUGUUCAUAUCGAGUUAAUCGAGUCUAUGGACACUUCAAGUUGUAUCAACGCCCUCAGGCGUUUUUUCGCACUUCGAGGUCCAGCAAAUCAACUUCAUUCUGAUUGUGGCACUAAUUUUACGGGAGCAUGCAAAGAGCUUGGAAUGAACAAGGCAGUGCAGAACUUCCUCAGUGAAAAGCAGUGCAUUUGGAAAUUCAACCCACCACACGCUUCCCACAUGGGAGGCUCUUGGGAGCGAAUGAUCGGGAUUGCAAGAAGAAUCCUGGAUUCAAUGUUACUGAAGCAUGGGACUCGUAUAACCCAUGAAGUUCUUUGCACUCUGAUGGCGGAAGUCACUGCAAUUAUAAAUGCACGACCACUUCUGCCUGUAUCCAUAGAUCCACAACAACCCUUCAUUCUUUCACCAUCAAUGCUCCUAACACAGAAGGCAGGAGCUCCACCUCCACCUGGAGAAUUCACAGAGAGGGACCUUUACACUAAACAAUGGAAGCAAGUGCAAGCAUUUGCAAACCAGUUUUGGAGCCGAUGGAGAAUGGAGUACCUUCCUUCUUUGCAACAGAGACAGAAAUGGAAUAUGUCAAGGCGAAACCUUCAAGUAGGAGAUCUAGUUCUCCUCAAGGACAAGCAAGCUGCACGUAACUACUGGCCUAUGGCCAUGGUCACCGCCACGUUCCCCGGGAUCGACAAUUUGGUCAGGAAGGUCGAAGUGAAGACUACAGACCAAGGAACCCCAAAAACAUUUUUGAGACCAGUAACAGAAGUUGUUUUAUUCCUGCCCAAAGACUAGAGUUAUUUGGUGACCUUAGUGGCCUCACACAGGCCAGGCGGGGAGUGUGUUGUCCUGAAGUCAACUGUUAAUAUUAUUUACGUAAUUACAUGAUAAUAUUUUUGUAUUACUUGAUAAUAUUUUGUAUUAGUAACUGCAAUGUUUUAAUUUGGAGUUAAAGUUGUUUAUAUUUAUUGUACUUUAUAAUCGGUAAACAGCAGUUAGAUGAUGUCACUUCCGCUAAAUUACUUCCUGUUGGUUGACUUCCGGUAUUUGUUCGAAAGCUAGAGAUACAUUUUGUGGUCUUCUGUAGUACUUUCUGUUGCCAUCCUACACAAAGUGGCGAAGAAGCAAUGCCGGUUCAUCACCACCACUUCUUGACAGAAUACUCCAGCCAAAUACGAACCCCGCAGACAUUUUUAUGGCGGAGAGGCUUAACAGGAUACUGGCGCUGAUGGCCGAAUGGAGGAGAACUUUUGCCUACUUUAAAGCUCCCUCCCACCCAUCCCUGUCGUCUGUGGGCUUCUUUGGGGACGUCUUGGAUCCGUCCUUUGAGGGAGGGCUAUGAGUAGCUGUGUAGCUGGGGAGGCACAGCUACUUCUAACUCCAGUGGAUCUGCCGCAGUUGCCGCCAUCCACCCCGGUGGGCCUACAGAUGGCAUCAUCAACCCCAGUGAGCCCUCCCACGCCCGCUGACGUGCUGCCUGCUCCUCAGGCUCCGCCCACGCCGGCAGACAUCCUGCCUGCUCCUCAGGCUCCGCCCAUGCGGGCAGACGUGUUGCCUGAUCCUCAGGCUCCGCCCACGCCGGCAGACGUGCUGCCUGCUCCUUAGGCUCCGCCCAUGCCGUCAGACGAGUCGCCUGAUCCUCUGGCUCCGCCCAUGACCCAGACGACAUCGUCUUCCUCGUCGCUGGCUCCACCCACGCAGAGGACAUUGUCUUCCUCGUCGUUGGUUCCGCCCACGCCAACGACAUCAGCUUCCUCGUCUCUGGCGAACUGUCCUACGGCGUCGCCAGCUUCCUCGUCUCUGGCUUCGACCACGCCAACGACAUCAGCUUCCUCAUUUCUGGCGGACCGUCCGACCGCAUCGCCAGCUUCCUCGUCUCUGGCGGGCCGCCCCACGGCACUGCCAGCUUCUUCGUCUCUGACGGGCCGUCCCACGGCUUUGCCAGCGUCUCCAGCUGGCCUGACGCACAGGCGGCCAUCAGUCUUCCUGUUUCCUGGUUCCUGGGUGCUGUCUGAAGUUUGCCUGUUUCCUGGUUUC